AUGAUAGUCGCUCACGCUCCAAAAACUUAUUUCGGUUCAGGAGAUAUACAAAAAUCAUUGGGUUCUUUUCCUGGAUUUCCAUGGGCGAAAUAUCCCAGAGAAAAACAUCUUCCCGGUCAUAAUUACACCGGUCCAGUAAAUAAAAACCAUUUAGAAGAUAAAAUAAGUAAUGUGAAAAGAUUCUUCAAACGUCAACUAAAUAAUAAAAAUACUAUACUACAACAAGAGGUACAAAGAUUAAUAAGUUUUAUUCAAAAAGAAUUGGUCAACGUAGCGAAUAAAACUGAGUUACAAAAUUUAAUUUCAUUAAUAUCUAAAUUAGAGGAUAAGAUUGCAAAACAAAAAUUAGACAUUCAAUUAUUGAUAGAUAACAUUCCAGAUGAAAAUGAAGAUACGUUUCAACAGGAAUUAAAUGCUCUGGAAACUAAACUUAACAGUGAAUUACAAAAAGAACUAACAAAUAUUAAAAAACAAAUACAAAACAUAGAUGAUAGCGAAAUCAAAACCUAUAUUCAACAACAAAUACAGAACAUUGAUGAUAGCGAAAUCAAAACCUAUAUUCAUCAACAAAUACAGAACAUAGAUGAUAGCGAAAUCAAAACCUAUAUUCAUCAACCAAUACAGAACAUUGAUGAUAGUGUUAUUCAACAACAGAUAACCACUAUUAAUAACCUAGUUUUGAAACAGGACAAAAAUAUAGUCGCAUUAGAAAAAAAGUUUUUCAAGAAAGAAUCAUAUUAUUUCAAUCUUCCAUUUAAAAAUUUGGGAGAUUACGUUGCUUCUAUUACUGAUAAUUUUGAUAGAUCAAGAGACUAUGAAUAUGGAAUUACAGCAAAUAUUAGAGUAUAUUCUCCAAGUAGUAUUAAUCAACCCCAAUAUAUUUUUGAUUCAAAUGUUGAUUUAUAUUCAAUACCUUUUAUUUUUCAUGGAAAAAUUACAAUUGAAAUAACUUUCCCUUUUCAGGUAAAAGUUGAUUCAAUAUUCUUCAAACAAAUCUCAUAUUCAUCAAAUAUAAAAUUUAACGUUCGUAAAGUUCUUCAGUUUAUCAAUGGUACAAAAAAUGUAGAAACUAAAGAAUUAGAAAUUAACGACGAAAACAGCAAGGUUAAUCACUUAUAUGAAAUUAAAACAAGUGGAAAAUAUAUAGAUAGGUUUAGAAUGUUAAUCAUACCAGAUAAAGAAGAAGAUGAAUUUAUAUUGAGAGAUUUUGAUUUGAUAUUGGAGACGGAAACUCCACCAUCAAUGAAUAUUAUUAGAAAUCCAGAACCACAAAAAGCAAGGAACACUUAUGAGUUUUUACGAACGACAGACUUUCAAUAUGUAAAACUAUAUUUUGUUGAUAAUGAUAUAUUUUACUCAAUUGAUAUUCAUAAAAGUCAACAAAGUCAAAAAAUUUUGAUAACAACAAUAAGAGAUGAUGUAUAUGUUAAAAUAAUAAUCUAUAUUGAAAAACCAAAAUUUUCAGUUCAUCUGAAUAAGAUUAAUGAUGCGAAAGAACAAAUAUCGUUAGUAACUGUAAAAGUUGUUUUUAUUAAUUCUAUUAUAGAUCUUAAAUACUUUCCAACUUUUGGUUUAUCAGAAAUUCAUUUAAUUUAA